AUGGAAAAUACAAUUUUUCCUAAAGUGAAUGAAAUCCUGUAAUGUAAAUAAAAUGUAAAGAGAUGUAUAGUGAAUCAUAGAACUGCCAAUCAGAAAAAAAUCCAGAAUGAUUAACGCUACCACUACUUCUAAUCCUCUAAAGACAAAUGUGUGUAGUAUUAUUCAACUAAAUUGAAACAAAUUACUAAGCUACAUAAAUGUUUGUAUAUUUUAGACCCUUGUGUACUCAAUAAUUUAUUUAACACUAUACAUCACUGUAUGUAUAAAAUGUAGAUUACAGUGUCUGGGUUAGGAACGUUUGUUUUAAAAAGAAAUUCGUUCCCGUUUCAUAUUCUUACUGUAGUAAAAAAAACCAUUUCCGUUCCUCGUUGUUUUUUUAAAAAACGAACUUGUCCUCGUUCUUCGUUCCUUAAAAAGGAACUCGUUUUAUUAAGUAUUUUUUUUUCCGUGCAACAUGGCUUUACCGAUUUCAUUGUUUUAAUUUUUGCAAACUAUGUUUUCUACCAAAAUAUUGUUCCAAUAGAUAAACGACAAGAGACCUUUUUUGUUGAAUUUUUAAUCUUAUUUGUGAAUAAAAAAGUUUUUUAUAUAUAUCCUGUAGUUAUUUAAAUAAUUGAGGACAACUGAAAAAAAAACGUGUAAAAUAAUACUUUUAUUAUUUUAAAUUUUACUUUUUGUUGUAAUUUUGACAAAAACUUAUAUUUGAGUUUUUUAGACGUGGUAAAAUUUUCAAAAUAUUUAAACCAUUUUUGAUUUAUUUAUAGACAUUUUAAUUUAGUUUGUUAUUAUUAUUAUUAAUGUAAUUUUUAUUUGGUAGAUACUCUGUAGAUAAAUUGUCAAAUUAAACAGAAAUGUUUAAAAAUUCAUUAUUAGUGAUGGUGUACCCGAUGUCAUUCUAGGGAUCAUGGGUCGCUAAUUCACACACGAAUUCUGCAAUCAUUUUGUUUCAAGAAAUAAAAUUGAGUGUAAUGGCAAUGAUUUUUUUUACAUAAGAGUUUCAAAAUCCAAUUCUGACAAAAAUCUUAAAUAUUAUGGCCUUUCAAAACAUGUAUGAUCGAAUUUCGCUCCGAAUCGUUUUUCGUUAACAAUUUUUUAUCGUUGAUUACAGGUAUAAAUUAAAUAACUUUAUGUAUCCUACCUUCCCCACUACCCACCAAUAACAGUGGCCGCACCCGUCCUCAGUAUCAACUUUUUUUUUAAAUUUUUUUUUCUGCUUGUAAACAACCAAAAAAUAUUCGUAGAGAUUUGAAAUUAUUAUUAUAAUAUAGAGUCACGCAUAUUUAAAUUUGUAAUAAAAAGUCUGAGUUGGUAUGGUAAUAAUUUAUAUAACAAUUUGUAUUUAUUUCUAUACAAAUAUAUUUACGUGUAUAUAAAAUAUAAAUAAUUCUAGUAUUCAUAAUAUUUUCUUCCACUCGCAUCAAUAUCUGAUUGCUGUUAUCGAUGUCUGCGAAAAUAGUUAUAUUGCUGUUAUUCAGCGCUCAGAUGACCGUGAUCACCGCAAGUAUCGUGACUUACUUGACUCCGCGGUUAACACAGUGGGAUGGUUCGUCGACCGUAAAGACGCUCUACCACAAGGAUUUGGCAAAUUUCCAAGGUUCACCAGCUACACAUCGAGUGCCAUGUGCUGCGCUCACCGGUACAAGCUUCGACAUACUGAUUCGCAUAUACUGCACAAAACGGACGUGGUCUCCUCGGUCACCGUGCACGAAAAAAUGUACGGAAACUUCUCGACCGUUUCACACUACACGCUGCUUAGAGACUUUUCGACCACUCUGUACUACUCACCGUAUAGAAGCUUCUCGGCUCCCGUGCACGACAAAAUGUACGGAAACUUCUCGGCCGCCAUGCACGAAAAAAUAUACGAAAACUUCUCGACCGCUCUACACAACACGCUGUAUAGAGACUUCUGGUUCGCCAUGCACAAUGAAAUGUACGGAGAGAACAACUGCUCGUGUGGAGACUUCUCGGACACCAUAUACGCCAACCUACAAGCAUGA